AUGGACCCCCCCCAGGACCGGGGUCUGGAGUCAGACGGACACACGGACGCCCCCCAGGACCGGGGGCUGGAGUCAGACGGACACACGGACGCCCCCCAGGACCGGGGGCUGGAGUCAGACGGACACACGGACGCCCCCCAGGACCGGGGGCUGGAGUCAGACGGACCCCACCCAGGACCGGGGUCUGGAACGACGUCCCGCCGGAGGCCCGGUGAUCGCUGCAGCGCAAUCACUCAGUCCUCGCCACACCCUGGGCCCCGCCCUGGCCCCGCCCUGGCCCCCGCCCUGGGCCCCGCCCUGGCCCCCGCCCUGGGCCACACCCUGGGCCACGCCCUGGGCCCCGCCCUGGCCCCGCCCUGGGCUCCGCCCUGGGCCACACCCUGGGCCACGCCCUGGCCCCGCCCUGGCCCCGCCCUGGGCCCCGCCCCACCCAGGGCCACACUCUGGCCCCGCCCCGUGCCGCACCACGGCCUGCCCCCCCCUGCACCACCCCGCCCCCCAUACCACGCCCCGCUCUGCCUAGCCCCCGCCCCCCCCCGUUCAGUGGGCUGUGUAUCCGUUCUACAGGCCAGCGGUCGACCGGCAUGUGAAGGAGCCGCGCAGACGGGGCAUCGGGAGCCUCUGCCCGACGACAGCAAAGACAAUAUCACCAUCUUCACCCGCAUCCUAGACAGACUGCUGGACGGGUACGACAACCGGCUGCGCCCCGGCCUCGGAGAGAGCGUGACGGAGGUGAGGACCAACAUCUACGUCACCAGUUUCGGACCGGUGUCCGACACAGACAUGGAGUACACCAUUGACGUGUUCUUCCGCCAGAGCUGGCGUGACGAGCGGCUGAAGUUCGACGGGCCGAUGCAGGUGCUGCCGCUCAACAACCUGCUGGCCAGCAAGAUCUGGACCCCCGACACCUUCUUCCACAACGGGAAGAAGUCCGUGGCCCACAACAUGACCACGCCCAACAAGCUGCUCCGGCUGGUGGACAACGGAACCCUGCUCUACACCAUGAGGCUGACCAUCCAUGCGGAGUGCCCCAUGCAUCUGGAGGACUUCCCCAUGGACGCCCACGCCUGUCCCCUCAAGUUCGGCAGCUAUGCGUACACCAAUAACGAGGUCAUCUAUCUGUGGACCAAGGGGGACGAGAGGUCCGUCUCGGUGGCGGAGGACGGCUCCCGGCUCAACCAGUACGAUCUACUGGGCCACGAGUUUGGGAAGGAGACCAUAAGCUCCAGCACAGGCGAGUACGUCGUGAUGACCACCUACUUCCACCUGAAGAGGAAGAUCGGUUACUUUGUGAUCCAGACCUACCUGCCGUGCAUCAUGACCGUCAUCCUGUCCCAGGUGUCCUUCUGGCUCAACAGAGAGUCCGUUCCCGCCCGCACCGUGUUCGGCGUCACCACGGUGCUCACCAUGACAACGCUGAGCAUCAGCGCUCGGAACUCGCUGCCCAAGGUGGCGUACGCCACGGCCAUGGACUGGUUCAUGGCCGUGUGCUACGCCUUUGUCUUCUCCGCCCUCAUCGAGUUCGCCACCGUCAACUACUUCACCAAGCGGAGCUGGGCUUGGGACGGCAAGAAGGAGGGCAUGGAGAUACGGGAGCCCUUUCAGAGUAACAUUGCCAGGAUUAAAGAUAUGAGAAGAGAGUCCGCCACUCUGUCCAAAAAGGCCAACAACCAGUUCAACAUCGUGGGGACCACCUACGCCAUCAACGUGGCCAAGGACCAGGGCCUGACCACCGUGGCCAAGAGCGCCUCCGCCGGCGCCAAGAACAACUACUUCCGGGGCAUGGAGGACCCCUACCUGGAGGCCAAGAAGUCCUACAACCGCGUCAGCAAGGUGGACAAGAUCUCCCGAAUCAUCUUCCCUGUGCUCUUCUUCAUCUUCAACCUGGUGUACUGGGCGACCUACGUCAACAGGAAGCCCCCCGUCAUCAACGCCAACAACCAGAACUGA